AUGGCAAAACGAGGGGCGGAAGAGCAAAUUACCAAAGAUGGGCGGGAUGACAGCGAUGAGGAGAACGAGGAAGAUCCUGGGGUCCGUACUCAGCCAUUGGCGCCUGUAGAAGGCCGACAGGUCAGACCGAUGCCAAAGCGAAAGGGUCUGGGGAAUGGAGCACCAUCGGCACCUGGACCAAUAGCCCCUGCCGCAAAGUCCGCCUUCUCUGGCUUCUCAUUUGGGGCUCCAGCUGCCGCAAUACCGAGUGCUCCCGGCGCCGGCCGACCUGCUCUCUUCGGCUUCGGUGCGCCUGCUGCUGCUCCUGCUGAUGCAUCCGCAUCCGCCGCCCCUCCGAAGCCAUUCGCGGGCUUCUCCUUCGGACCGGCAGCGCCUUCAGCGCCUCAGUCCGACGCCUUUUCGCCUACACCAUUCAGCUUUGGUUCACCCAUCGAUAUCGCGGGCGCUAAGGCUGCAGCAGCAGCACCGCUUUCUGUAGCACCCGCACCUCCCUCUGCCUCUGGUCCCGCAUCGUCGACGAACGGAGCUCCAACAAACCCCUUCGGAAACUUCGGAUCGGCGGCGCCCAAAGAACCUGCACCACCGGCAGAAGGCGAGGUAUCUUACUACACCGCUUUGCGCGGACUCAACACCGCGAUCUCCUCGUUCUUGGCUACAUCCAUCCGGGACGAUCCCUUCCUGGACCUCAGGCAAAUUCUGCCCAGUCUCGCCAGGCAAUACGAGAAACACCUCGGCACCGCGGCGAAGAGCGCGGAAUGGCGGCCUCUAGCAUUGAACGCUCCGGUCACCAUGGGGAUCAAGUUCUCUGAGCCAGCGUCAGCGCCCGCCAAGAUGCCGGUCCCACCAGCAACGAUCUCCUGGAAGCUUCCGGCAGCCACAUCCUCGCAGCCACCCGCGAGCGGUGGCUUCAUCCCCACACUCCCCGCUGGCGCGUCUAGCACCCCUUCCCACCCCUUCGCCAACUUUGGCAAGCCGGCCGCUACUGCCACUCCUACCGCACCGGUCAAGGCUCCCGAGCCACCAAAGGCGAAGCCCUCGGCCGAGGUUAGCCAAGUCGUGCAGGACGUUCUCGCUGAGAAGCCGCAACCCAUCCCGGCCGCACCACCCUCCAAUCCCUUCUCAUUCGGCUCUCCGUCCGCAGCGGCCCCCACACCCCCGGCGUCAGACACAAAGAAGCCCGCACCUCUCUUCUCGUUCGCCCCAUCCGGUCCUAUCCACCCCACCACCCCCGACAGCAAAACCUUUACUCCCUCCAAAUCCGUCGAAGAGGCGUCACCUGCCCGUUUAGGCAAAUUCGGUCCGGGUGGAAGUCAGCCGCAGCUUAGCUUUGGCGGGGCCAAAGCUAGUCCUGCGGCGGCCAGCGCUGCCACCGCUUCCAGCAAGCCAUCCUCAUUCGGCUUUGGCGCAGCUACCGGUGGGUCAGCUGCCCCUGCUUCGUCCAGCGCAGGGACCGGCUUCGGCUUUGGCUUCGGUGCCACACCGGCCGCACCUAGCCAGCCUGCUCCUUCAUCGAGCUUCUCCUUCAACGCUGCCCCCGCUGCCCCCGCCGCACCAGCCGCACCAUCAUCGUCUACCUUCUCAUUUGGCACUCCCGCUGCUCCUCCCGCUUCGGCCGGCUUCUCCUUUGGCGCCAAACCCGCCGAACCGCUCAAGGCCACUUCCUCCUUCUCCUUCGGGUCAGCCGCCACCUCCACUCCCGCAUCCUCCAGCACGCCCGCAACGGGCUUUUCUUUCCAGCCAUUCACCGCCACCUCCAUGUCGGCCAACCCCUCGUCCGGAUCUACCGGGUCCGCGCCGACCAACACUGAGGAGGGCGGAGAUGACGCACCACUGGCGUCAGGCGAACCGAGCCUCAAUCUCGCAGCGAGCGGAGGAAAGGGGGAGGAGAAUGAAGAUACGGUGUUUGAGCAGCGAGCGAAGUUGUCCAGGCUGGUGGAUGGGGCGUGGAAGGCGACGGGACUCGGAGUGUUCAGAAUGAAGAAGGCGAAAGAGAACGGAAAGAGGCGAUUGUUGAUGCGGACGGACCCAGGAGGAAAUGUUAUCUUGAAUAUGGCCGUUACCACAUCCCUGAACCCGACGGUCGAAGGGAAAAGGGUCCAAUUCUUGGGCUUUGAUCAUGAUGGAAAGGCGGCGAGCUAUCUGCUUCUGGUCAAGACUGCAGAGUUGGCGAAUCAGGUGGCGGAGAAUAUCAAGAAGGAGGUCGAGGAGGUCAAGAAGGGAUAA